AUGGAAUUGUUUUUAAACAAUACAAACUUCUUUGAUGGUCUUUCGACAUUCCCUAAAGAUCCUGAAGAACUCCGUACACACAUCAGCCGUCUCAACUACACACUCCAGAAGCGAUACUUUAUUUCCCCAGAAGCCGCAGAGUUGGCGCUACAGACACAGAAUGAGGAGGAAUUCAAUCGUUUCUAUCGUCAACAGGUGAUGCGCAUUGUGGGUCAGUUUAACACAACGGCACGUCGACAGUUGAAAGUUCGUGUGGAUCCGCGAUUACCAAAAGGCAUGCAAAUCAUUCGCGAAGGCGUCAUUCCACCAAAGGAAGUGAAAACAGUCAAACACACAUCGGAAUGGCGAAUGGUUGUCGCCUCUCCGCCAUCACGAAAGAAUGCUGUUGACAUUUCACAGCCAAAGUCAACUACAGAAGGAAUGGAUAAACACUCUCGAUAUAAUCCACAAUCAUCACUAUUGGAGGGUCAUCGCACUCCACAAGCGUCUUCUUCUUCAUUGGCUGCAAUAAUGCAUGGAGGCAUGCCAACAACAGAUGGAAAAGUGACGGUAUCAUCUGAUGAUUGCUCUACUGUUUUGCAAUCCUCAACAAAGAAGUCUUGCAGGGAAGUACUCUUUGGUACUCCACCGGAAUUUAAGGGUUUUACCGUGCCUUUAGAGAAUUCUCCCGCAGACUCACUGACGAGCAAGUCACCUCUUUUAUUCUAA